AUUUUUGGCUUUAGUAGAAGCGCUAGUCUUUUCAAACCCAUACACGCAUUUUCAAGUGUAGUUCUAUUAAUAUUCACGCAAUUGAAUACUUCACGCCUUUUUAAAGCGUUGGUUUUGUAUUAUACUUUCGGCCUUAUCAGAAGCGCUGGGUCUUUUAUACGCAUUCACGCAUUUUAAAAUGUAGUUUUCCAAGUAAUAUUCACGCAUUUUUAUGCGCCGAUUUUUUGUUAUACUUUCGGCCUUAUUAAAAGCGCCAGGCUUCUCCUACGAAUUCACGCAUUUUGAAGUGGAGUUUUCCUAUUGAUAUUCACGCAUUUGAAUAAUUCACGCCUCACAUACCCCGCUUACUCACGUAUAAAUGACAGGAACGUAUUCGAGCCGUCAACCCCAUCCUCCCCAACUAUCUUACUUAAAACAACUCCCACAACAAUAUCAGACUCACCUACCACUCCUCCUCGGACCUGAUAGCCAUGGAUGAAGAGGGCAGAAAAACGAUGAUAGCCUUAGCUCAUCUCUCAGGAUGGUCAGCAGAACGCAUCUCUCAGAAGAUGCGGAAAUGGUACCACAUAGUUGUCACUCCUGGAAACAUCUACAUGAUGUAUCAACAGUGGACCUCCAACUCUAUCCUUCAAGCUCCACAGGAAGAGAAGAUGCGGGAACUCCUGUCGGCCAAGCUUCACGCAGACUUCGGCUUUCAACGUCCGCUGUCUGAGACUCCUGGUGGAUGGCCAAUUACAGUCAAGUUUGCUAAGAGAUGGAAUCCAAAGGAUCUGGACAAUCGCAGUCUGUGCAAGUACUACAAUGCUGCCAGCCGUACCCACACUAUUGGACACUUCCUUGCUAUGGUUCGACCACUUGAUGCUAUCCACGAACUGUCGCCAACAGAAGAAGCUGCCGUUGCACGACUUGGUCCUGUUGUUAGCUCGAUUCUCACCUCAGUCCUCAAUCGAUGGGCCGAGCAUUUCAGAGGAAAGCUUCAACAACUGCCAUUCUGGAAGAACAUCUCGAGAGACAAUCACGCUGAAACGAUCAUGGACUUCCUGAAGAUCUUCACCGAUGAGUGGGAAGAGCAAUAUGGCAUAAUGGCUGACUGUGGAUCUGUCACACCUGAUCAAUUGAUUCGACACACAUUUGUUAUUCGGUCCACCGGACAAGGCGCAAAGAUUCUGCUUGGACUGAUGCUUGCUGAUCGAAGUAUCGCCAUCGAGAAGAAGAGAAAAAUGCUCAAGGAGUCCGUUGGUUACAUCAAAGUCUACUGCCCACUCCCGAUGGAUGAAAGAGCAUGCCCGAUUUGUUCUGACGAUCUCAACUUUCCAAAUGCCGAAGAUGUUACGGAACAAGCUAUCCGACUUGUAUCUUGCUGUGGUCAAAUUAUCGGAGCGAAGUGCUUGGUCGCCUGGAUCAAUCCUCUUGCCGGUGCAGGUGUAGGAAUGAACAACAGUUGCCCACACUGCAGGAGUUUCUUCUCGAGGGAAUUUAUCAACAAAUUGGCGGCAGAGGAGGGCGUACAAGAGCAAUACGAAGAUAGUCAAAGCGAUACUGACGGUGAUAAGGAUAUCGAGGAUGAUGCGGAGCCAGGCGGUGAGAUUCAAGAUGGUGUUGUUGAGGAUUUUGCUGGUAUUGAGGUUGGUGAAGAGGGCAACGUGCACUUUUGAAGUGACGUAGCUGGGAUUAUUACAUUUGAGUUUCUAUGGGAUAUUAUGGGAUGGAAUCCGUUGAGUUUUAUGGCAUGGAUUUGAUGGUUGUAUGAUAGGGUGUGACUGCGGUGGAUGCUUUGCAUUGCGUUGCGUUUGGUGGAACCCGUUGUACGAUGAUACCCCCUUUUUUAAGCGAGAUUUUCAGCGUCCUUUCAGAGCAG